AGCGCGCCUUUCCAUUGGCGGCCGCGCCCAUCAAUCUCGGUGGCCCGGGAAAGGCGGAAGUAUAAGGGCGCCGGACGCAGCAUGGAGGAGACGGCGGGCGAGAAAAGUAACCUGGCUGGGGUUCGGCACAUCCUUUUGGUGCUCUCAGGAAAAGGAGGUGUAGGGAAAAGCACCAUCUCUACCGAGCUGGCCUUGGCUUUACGGCAUGCUGGGAAGAAAGUGGGGAUCCUGGAUGUGGACCUGUGUGGCCCCAGCAUACCUCGCAUGCUCAAGGUCCAGGACAAGGAUGUGCACCAAUGUGAUAGUGGCUGGGUGCCAGUUUUUGUGGACCAGGACAAAAGCAUCUCCCUCAUGUCUAUUGGCUUCUUGCUGGAGAAGCCAGAUGAUGCUGUGGUGUGGAGAGGACCCAAGAAAAAUGCUUUAAUAAAGCAGUUUAUCUCUGAUGUGGCAUGGGGAGGACUUGACUUCUUGAUUGUGGAUACACCUCCAGGGACCUCUGAUGAGCACAUCUCCACGGUGGAAUCCCUUCGCCCUUACCAGCCCCUUGGGGCAGUUCUGGUCACGACACCGCAGGCGGUGUCCGUGGGGGACGUGAGGCGAGAGCUGACUUUCUGUAAGAAGACAGGACUGCGAGUGAUCGGAAUCAUUGAGAACAUGAGUGGUUUUGUCUGUCCACAUUGUUCGGAAUGUACAAACAUCUUUUCCAAAGGGGGUGGUGAGGAGCUGGCCAAGCAUGCCGGAGUCCCGUUCCUAGGGUGUGUGCCCCUGGAUCCCCAGCUAACCCAGAGUUUGGAGGAAGGCAGAGAUUUCAUCCAGGAGUUUCCCAAGAGCUCUGCCUUUCCUGCUCUUGCUAACAUCGCCCAGCAGAUCUUGGAUGGGACGUCCCCUCAGAGCUCCUGAGCAUGGUGCUAAGGCUGGACUUUGGUUGGCCCAGCAUGGUCAGAUGUGGACCAAGCUGGUGGGGAAGGGGGGAUGUGGAAGCUCUUUAGCAAAUAGCAUUUCAGUAGAGUGGAGUAUAGCCUUGGAACCACUGUGCAGAGAUCUUGAAAAGGGAAAUGAUGCUCAGACUGUUCAUGCUGUAGUGACCCAGCUGGAGCGUACCAUUGUUGACAAAGGAGGAGUGUAUGUUUACAACAUCCUUUGCUUUCUGAGGGAGUGAGCAUUCCCCCUGUUCCUGGAAGGGGCAGAUGGUGCAGUUGAUCCUAGCCACAUACUUGAGGUGUCACUGCUUAUAACCUCCUACUAAGUUGGUACAAGGCAAAGAUGGCCACCCCCAGGAUGUGGUGCUUCUGCUCACUUCCACAGUGCCUCAAAACACUGCAGUACUCUUGGCAAUGGAAAUUUUAUGUAGCUAUCAGCUAACGUGGCAGCCACUGACUGAAAUGUUCCCCAAUUGAUUUAAAUAGCCUUAGCAAUCUACUCUACCCACCUCCCAUCUCAUGCUGCUCCCUUUCUGUCCAUUGCUUUCAUAGCACUACAGAUGUGGUACUUUCUAGUUCAGUGACAAUUGGGCUUAUAACAGAUCCUCAGACCCCUCCUCCUAGCCAGGUUGCCUUGCUCUGAAAUAUUAUCUGGUAUGAAAUAGGCCUCUCAAGGCAUGUGCAGUGUGUGAUAUAAAGUCUGUAUGAGAGCUGAUGUCUAUUUACCAAGUCUGUCUCAUGUCUAAUUUAAGGAUCGCAUCUCUUGGUUCACUGAAAUAUGUGAUGACUCAGGAAUAUUUUUAAAGGCUCCUUCCAUUAAACAGUGUUUUCUUGUC